AUGGAAAACAUUAAAUAUGUUGAAUUGAGAAGCUUGUUUCAAUACCACAUCGAUACAUAUAUUGCAUUGUAUCAGUUAAAAACGAAGAAUGAAGAAGAUUUAAGCAAGAUUUACAAAAUGAUAAAAACAAAUUUGCUGGAUUCAAAGAAACAUCUUCCUCAAACUAUUAUAUGUGAUAUUUUAGGUAUAAUACCGUUUAAUAACAGAUAUACAAACUCAUACCUGGAGCUUGCCAAACUGAUAUCUGAUGACUAUGAUGUGAAAGAUGUCAAGCCGAUUCCAGAUAUAUCUAACUACAUGUUUUAUAAAGAAUAUGGUAUUAAAUUAGACAAAUCUGCUGAUUUCAAAAAAAUUAAUUUAAAAAAUAUCAAUAUUCAUUCUGAAAAUACAAUUUACAAGGCAAUUAUGGAUAAUGACUUAAAAAGAUUCAUUUCAAUUACAGAAAGCGAAGAAUUUGAUCAAGAUCAACAACUUAUAAGUGAUUUAUAUCCAUAUUCUAGUACAGGAUAUUUAUUACUUGAAUUAUGUUGUUACCACGGGGCAAUAGAUUGUUUCAAGUUCUUAAGAACAAAUUAUGAAUCGGAAAUAACUUCUCAAUGUCUCAGAUUUUCAUUUUUAGGAGGAAAUCCAGAGAUCAUGAGCGAAUGUUUGAAAUAUCAAAAACCAGAUGAACAGUGUAUGGAGUAUGCAAUUAUUUCACAUAAUAUUGAUUUUGUUACAUUCUUGAUGGAAGAGUACUAUAUGGAUAUCGAUUUAAUUAAUUGCGGGAUUUACAAUAAUCUUGAACCAUUUUUAGUUUAUUUCGAUCAAACCAAUAAUAUUAACAAAUGUUUUAUUUAUUCAGCAAUAUUUAAUCUGCCAUCUCUUUGUGAAUAUUUCAUUUUACAUGGAGCAAGUAUCAAUGAAAAAGAUAUAAAUAGAGAAUCCGCUCUUUAUUAUGCAGUAAUACAAAAUGAAAAUGAUGUAGUUGAACUUCUCCUUUUGCAUGGUGUAAAUAUCAAUGAAAAAUAUGAAGAGGAGGAAACUCCUCUUCAUCUUGCAGCCCGUAAUAAUUAUAAAGAAAUCGUUGAGCUUCUUCUUUCACAUGGUGCAAAUGUCAAUGAAAAAAAUGAAUUUGGAGAAACAGCUCUUCAUUUUGCAGUACAUAAUAAUAGUAAGGAAAUGUGUGAAUUUCUUCUUUCUCAUGGUGCAAAUAUCAAUGAAAAAGAUAAAUAUGGAGAAUCUCCUCUUCAUCUUGCAGACAAAUAUAAUUUUAAAGAAAUCGUUGAACUUCUUCUUUUACAUGGAGCAAAUAUAGAUUGUUAA